AUGUUGUCGAUUGAGCAACUUCACGCGCACACCUGCGCCGAGCUGGUGGGCAUGUGCCGGGAACUGGGCCUCCCGCACUCUGGCCGACGCAAGCAAGUCCUCGUUCAGGCGCUCUACGACUACCAGCGCUCGAACGGCGGCAUCCCCCCUCAAGUAGUCAGUCGCUUCGCGGGGCGAACCUCGCACGCUGCUUCCAGAUUCUCACACGCCCCGCAUGCGAUGCAGGCCCCGUCUGCACACGGACAAGGAAGCGCGUCGGCGCACGCGUACAUUCCUCCGUACUCCUCGCAAGGCUACCAGCAUUCCGCGGUGAAUUUGUACCCCCCCGCUGCGCCGCACCACGCUUCUGCCUACCACGCUGUCCACGCCGCGAGUCGCCACCAGACGCUGCUUGCGGGCGACGGUCUCGGGCCCCUCGCCAGGUCGCGCGGCGCAUUGGCGAACGGCGGGAACCAGGGAGCGUCGGAGGGACCGCAUGCAGGGGAUCGCGGCGGAUUCGGAGCCGGAAAAGCCGCGCAGAACGCAGGCGUCGCCUCCAGCGCCGGAAAUGAAAUGUUUGGGCGUUGCCUGUGUCGAGGCACGGUCGGGUCUGCCCCGCGCAAAGGCCAUACCCCGACUCUGAAGUGCAUCCUCUGCAACGCGUGGAAUCAUGCAGGAUGCUACCCAGCAGAUUACAAUACGCAAGAUUUCGUUUGCUCGAUGUGCCGAAUGAAGCGGCUCGAUCCUUUCUUCCCGGUUGCGGAAGUCCUCUGGGACUCGCGACUGGAGCAGAGCCACUACGUCUUGGAACUGAACACGCAGCAGCUUCGCAAGUGGCGAGCAGAAGGCAAGGAAGUGAUUGUCCGAUGCAUGCAAGUCGACAUCCAUCCUCUGUACCAGUCGUGGCCCAAGACCAUGAACAUCGUGGUCAACGGCAGAGUCGAGGAGACUGUAGCAGCGCCUUCUUGGGAGCAUAAGCGAAGAGAUAUGCCGAUUCCAAUAACGCAGUACCUGAAAAACAGCCGGAACCGAAUCGAAUUCACCUGGACGAACUACGACGAGCCGCAGGUGUUCCACAUCGGCGUCUUUCUCUGCGACUCCAGGACGCCAGACUCCCUUUCGAAGCAAGUUUGGCAAUGCGGCCAGCUGAACGAGCCGGAGGCAGAAAAACGCGUGCUGGACAUUAUCAACAACAGGACUGGGAACUCGGGCAAAUCUGACGAUUCCGACGAUGACGACGACGUCAUGUGCCUGGAAGUGACUCGCCGCAUCAAACUGCUCUGUCCAGUGACGUUCACGCGGAUCGAAGUCCCCUGUCGCGGCCGAGCGUGCAUGCACCUACAGUGCUACGACUUGGCGGGCUACCUCCUCGUCACGAAGAACACCAAGGCCUUCAACACGCGGUGGAAAUGCCCGGAGUGUCAUCUCUACGUGCGUCCCGACGAGCUCGUCAUCGACGGCUUCGUCCAGAAAAUCUUGUCGGGCACAGACGAAGACGCAACCGUCGUCGAGCUCCAGGCGGACGCGUCUUUCCGGGUUGUGACGGAAGACGAGUUAAAGGAGGAGUCCAAGCGAGCCGAGAAGCAACGCCAACUCGCCUCGGGUGGCCAGGCAGGAGGGAGCUCUCCGGAAGGCGAGCUCAAGGCUUCUCAAGAUGGCCCAGCAAAAAAAGCUUUUGAAGUCGUCGAAAUGCUGAGCGACUCCGACGAAGACGAGGCGGAGGCUUCAGGAAAUGCGACGCGGGAUGCCAGCGCGGCGCCCGCCUGCACGGCUCCAUCGUUUCCGGCCGCAGUCGCGCCCGAGGGCAGGCCGGGGUCUGUUGGCGCCCAACGAGCGGAGACUCCGAGCGUCUCACCGGCGAGUAGCGAGGCUAGCGGGCCUUCCCUGGCGUCGGACGGUAGCCCGCAGAGCGAGAGCGAGGCACCGGAGAAGCCUGCUACGCCGCUGACUCCGUCGAAAAUCCGAGAACGCUCAAGACUCGACGAUGACGACGGCCUUCCGCCGCAGGCUGCGAAGCGUUCUCGUCGCGUGGUUGUGUCGCCAGUUUCGUCGCCGACACCGCUCGCCGACCCGGCGGGGUCGUGUCCCUCGGCGCCGCCCGAUCUGUCGCUGCCGUCUCCGUCUCCAAAGGGCGACAGUACGGCCGCGCUGGCCAGUCCGGAGCCGUCGUCUGAAGGAUCGUCUGGGCCAGGCUCGGCGGGGAACUCCGAGAGUCCCUCGCGGACUCUGCCGGGGCCUCUGCGGCGCGAGGAACAGGCGAUCCUCGUUGUCCUUUCCUCGGACGACGACGGCGACUCACCGGGGCAGGCGGGCGCAGACAAAGAAAACCACGGCGAGGAAAGGAAGAGAGGCGCGGGAGGUCGCAGUCCAGAACCCGAGCGGAACGGCGGCCAGGCUCCCGGGCCGAGCCCUCUUUGCUUCAAGCAAAAGCAAGAGUUCCCGCCGCCUGAGCCGGCCACUGGGUCAGCGAACGCGACGGCCGCGGCGCUCGGCGACUCGAGCGGGGCGUUGCCUGCGGUCUCAGCGUUUCCUGGAGGGGGCGAGUCUGCAGCUUCUCGCGACGAGUCUGCAGCUUCUCGUGACCAGUCUGCAGCUUCUCGUGACGAGUCUGCAGCUUCUCGUGACGACUCAGCAACCGGCGGCACGGAGUUUCCUGGCUUCGCUCUCGUCCAAGGCUUACCGAACUGUGCCGCAGGCUGUCCUGACACCACGAGUCCUCGCACAGACCCGCUUCGGCCUAUGCAAACCGCUCUCGCCUCACCACAUUUCUCCCUUUUGGCCGGAGCGGCGGCGGACAACCCGAUUUCGGUGUCGGACUCGAGUGACGGAGAAGAGGGAUCCUGGCGAGAAGACGGCGAAGGCGCCGACUCUCAGGAGGGAGGCUCAGACUCGCAACAACAGGCCUCAUCAGACCCGCGCAAACAGGCGAGCGAAACCGAGCUCCCGCCUCCCUCUCUGUCUGACUCGUCGUCUUGUCCCUCAUCUUCCCAGACCGAGACUCUGUCUGCCUCGAGGCCGCCGCAGCCGCCUCUCGGCUCUCCGGGUUCUGCGCCCGUGUUCCCUUACUCUGCGCCUUCUUCCUCGCCACCGCCGGACAUGUCUCCCGCCACUUUGACCGGAGGCGCGGCGCCCCUCCCGGUCGCGUGGAGCCCAGAAGGCGAAAACACGGGCCGAGACGCGCAGUCUAAAGAUUUGCCCUGGCUGUCUUUCCCGCCGUCGAGGGGGGAGACCGCGCAUGCGGCGGCCUCGCGGUGGGGCUCUGACGCGCCUCCUGAGGGCGACUCGGGGGCGUCGCGCGCCUCUCGGCGGGGCCGAGACGGCGAACGCGAGGGCCACGCAGACGGCGGAAAGCGGCCGAGAAGCGCGUCGGAUCGCCCCGUCGCGGGCGUCCGGCGCGCACGCGCCCCAGUCGUCCCUCCGCCGCUCUUUCUGUCGCGCUCGAACGGGACAGGAGACGAAGGCAGGAAACUGCGGCAGCGGUCGGGGGAAGAAGGAAGGCGCCCGCCAGCAGGCCGCGGUGGAGACAGGGAGGCAGACGCUGAAGCGUCGGGCCCCGCUUCAUCAACUGCUGUGGCGAGUCAGUUGUCUCUUUCCGGUGUGUCGGCUUCGGACACUCUUGGCGGCUCUCCGCAACCCACCGGUCUUGGCGAGGCGCGUCCGUCGCCUCGGGCGUCUCCGCAAGCCGAUCCAGCUGCUUCAGAUCAAGAAAAUGCGGCCACAAACCGCCCUCAACUUUCGCCUUUUCCCGCGCCUCGCGGAGCCAGCGUCCUAGGCCGUCGGUCCACAGACCCCGCGCCGUCUCCGCCGGUGGCGGACGCCGCUGCCGUUCCUUUUCUGUCUCCGGCGCCCACCUCAGCCGGCGGCCCCGCGCCGGCUCUUCAGUCGCGGGGCCCUAAUCUAGGUGGCCUCUCUCUGCAUGCCCCCAGAGCAGCGGAUGAACAGGAGAGACUCGAGCGUCCAAGCGUGCGAGCUUCUCAGCCUGCGGCCAGUCCAGAAGACGAGUUCGGCCGAUCCAGCCCUACGACCUGCUCGGCUUCGCCUUCGCCAGGCGCGUCUGCGCCGUCACACGACGUUUGGCCGCACGCCUCGCCGCCUGCGUCUCUGUCUUCGAGCCGCGCAGGCGCCCUGCCCGUCCCUUCCGGCGGUGUCUCCUUCUCAGGGGCCAGCCUUCCGGGUUCGCCUUCUUCGCGAGCCUCCUUCCUGGCGCCGGCUGGGGCGGCACACGCGGGGCCUGAAGGCAGUCGGGGCGAGGGACUGGAGCCGGGCGAAGAGGAGACCGUCGCUUCCGGCGCUGGCGGGCCCGCAUACUCCCAAGAAGAAGAGCAAGAAGAGCUUCACCGCGAGCGGCUGCAGCGACAGAAACUGGAUGGGCAACUUCGGACUGAAGAGCUCCAAGGACGUCGCGGCGGCCUUUCGGGAGGCUGUGGCCUCGCCCCUCCGGCGCCCGCGCGUGCCGGCCUGCCUACCCCCGCCUUCGGUCCGUGUUCCGCGUCUCUCCAGCCUGCGCUAGCCGCGUCUCAAGGCCAGAAUGCCCCGAGCGUUCUCGUCUCCGGAAUCCACGCUUACCCGACUCGCACGCAGAACCCGGAGACGGCAGCGACGUACUCCGCCUCGGACUUUUUCGAAAACCCUUUUUUCUCGCUGCCUUCGGGCUUCCCGCCCGCUCCAGCGCAGAGUGGACCGGACUGUGCCUCUGCUGGCGAGCGGCUCGUGGAUGCGACUCAGCCCGCGCCGAGUCUGCGCGUCCCCGAUAACCUCGGCGAGAGGCAGCCGCCUGCCUUGUUCGCUGAGUCUCUGGAUCGCGAAAUGUUCUGGCCAGAGUUGAACUCCGUUCUGGACCUCGAGGGCGAAGCUCCACGGGCCCCGCGGACGCUCGGUGCCCUGUUGAGUGCCGACGCCCGAGCUCCAGCUUCGAUGCUUCCGGCCUUUUCGGCGACUGAGCGCUUCGCCCCUGCCCAGGCUGGCGGUCAGCCGAGCGUCUUCAGCGGCGAAGAAGAGGAGACUCGAACGGCAGAGCGAGGCGGCGAGAGGCCAGGCCGACGCGCGGUUUUGAGUCCUUCCGCGGAGCUCUCAGCCGGCGGCGACUCCGAGCUGAGAAGGGACAGUCCGGAAGGCGCGAUCCACUUCCUGCCUCAGAGUCCCCCCGCAGCCCUCGGCGCCUUCCCCGUCUCGGCGGCUCGGCCGUCGAUGGCGCCUGGCCUUUUCCGAGGCCGCGAGGACUUCGCGUUCGCGCAAGAGCGAACGGAGGCGGGAGAAAGCCAGAACAGAGCUCGGAGCGGCUUCCAGUGA